AUGGCGGAGAGCUCCUGUGAGAACAAGCGGGCAGAUCUGGUGUUCAUCAUUGACAGCUCCCGAAGCGUCAACACCCACGACUAUGCCAAGGUCAAGGAGUUCAUCCUGGAUAUCCUGCAGUUCUUGGAUAUCGGGCCCGACGUUACCCGAGUAGGUCUGCUCCAGUAUGGCAGUACGGUCAAGAACGAGUUCUCCCUGAAGACUUUCAAGAGGAAGUCUGACGUGGAGAGGGCUGUCAAGAGAAUGAGGCAUCUGUCCACAGGCACCAUGACAGGGCUGGCCAUCCAGUAUGCUCUCAACAUUGCCUUCUCAGAAGUAGAGGGGGCCCGGCCCCUGCGGGAGAACGUACCACGGGUCAUAAUGAUCGUGACCGAUGGGAGACCUCAGGACUCGGUGGCAGAGGUGGCCGCAAAGGCCCGGGACACAGGCAUCCUGAUCUUUGCCAUUGGUGUGGGUCAGGUGGACCUGAACACGCUAAAGGCCAUCGGGAGUGAGCCCUUCAAAGACCACGUCUUCCUGGUGGCCAACUUCAGCCAGAUUGAGUCUCUGACAUCGGUGUUCCAGAACAAGUUGUGCGCGGUGCACAUGUGCAGCGUCUUGGAACACGACUGUGCCCACUUCUGCAUCAACACGCCUGGCUCAUACACCUGCAGGUGCAAGCAAGGGUACAUCCUCAACUCGGAUCAGAAGACUUGCAGAAUCCAGGAUCUGUGCGCCACAGAGGACCACGGCUGUGAGCAGCUGUGUGUGAACGUUCCGGGUUCCUUCGUCUGCCAGUGCUACAGUGGCUACACCCUCGGCCAGGAUGGGAAGCGAUGUGCAGCUGUGGACUUCUGUGCCUCGGAAAAUCAUGGCUGUGAACAUGCGUGUGUAAAUGCUGAAGGUUCCUACCUGUGCCAGUGCCGUGAGGGAUUUGCUCUUAACCCAGAUAAGAAAACAUGCACAAAGAUAGACCACUGCGCCUCAUCUAAUCAUGGAUGUCAGCACGAGUGUGUUAAUGCCCUGACGUCUGCUUUCUGCCGCUGCCUGAAAGGCUUCAUGCUGAACCCAGACAGGAAAACCUGCCGAAGGAUCAACUACUGUGCCCUGAACAAACCCGGCUGUGAGCAUGAGUGUGUCAACACUGAGGAGGGCCACUACUCGGGCUACACUUUGGACCCCAAUGGCAAGACCUGCAGCCGCGUGGACCACUGUGCCCAGCAGGACCAUGGCUGUGAGCAGCUGUGCCUGAACACGGAAGAAUCCUUUGUCUGCCAGUGCUCGGAAGGGUUCCUCAUCAACGAUGACCUCAAGACCUGCUCUAGAGUGGAUUACUGCUUGCUGAGCGACCACGGUUGUGAAUACUCCUGUGUCAACACAGAUAGAUCCUUUGCCUGUCAGUGUCCUGAGGGUCACGCGCUCCGAAGCGACGGGAAGACCUGUGCAAAACUGGACUCUUGUGCUUUGGGGGACCAUGGUUGUGAACAUUCAUGUGUAAGCAGUGAAGACUCAUUCGUGUGUCGAUGUUUUGAGGGGUACAUCCUCCGUGACGACGGGAAGACUUGCAGAAGGAAGGAUGUCUGCCAGGCUGUGGACCACGGCUGCGAGCACCUUUGUGUAAACAGUGGCGAAUCAUACAUCUGCAAGUGUCUGGAGGGAUUCGGGCUGGCUGAGGAUGGAAAGCGCUGUAGAAGGAAGGAUGUCUGCAAGUCCACCCACCAUGGCUGUGAGCACAUAUGUGUGAACAACGGAGAUUUUUAUACGUGCCGGUGCUCAGAGGGGUUUGUCCUGGCCGAGGAUGGGAGACGCUGCAAGAGGUGCACUGAAGGCCCAAUUGACCUAGUCUUUGUGAUCGAUGGAUCCAAGAGCCUCGGAGAAGACAAUUUCGAGAUUGUGAAGCAUUUUGUCACUGGGAUCAUAGAUUCCUUGGCAGUUUCCCCGAAAGCUGCUCGGGUGGGGCUGCUGCAGUAUUCCACACAGGUCCACACAGAGUUUUCCCUGAGGGACUUCAGCUCAGCCAAGGACAUGAAGAAAGCUGUGGCCCACAUGAAGUACAUGGGCAAAGGCUCUAUGACUGGGCUGGCCCUGAAACACAUGUUUGAGAGAAGUUUUACCCAAGUAGAAGGGGCCAGGCCCCUCUCCACACGGGUGCCCAGGGUAGCCAUCGUGUUCACCGACGGACGGGCUCAGGAUGAUGUCUCCGAGUGGGCCAGCAAAGCCAAGGCCACUGGUAUCACUAUGUAUGCUGUUGGGGUAGGAAAAGCCAUUGAGGAAGAACUCCAGGAGAUUGCCUCUGAGCCCACUGGAAAGCAUCUCUUCUAUGCAGAAGACUUCAGCACAAUGGGCGAGAUAAGUGGAAAGCUGAAGCAAGGCAUCUGUGAAGCUCUUGAAGACUCUGAUGGAAGACAGGACUCCCCUGCAGAGGAACCGUCAAAGCAGGUCCACCAGCCAACAGAAUCUGAGCCAGUCACCAUAAAUAUCCGAGACCUACUUUCCUGUUCUAAUUUUGCAGUGCAACACAGAUAUCUGUUUGAAGAAGACAAACUUUCGAGAUCUACACAAAAGCUUUUCCACUCGACAAAAUUUUCAGGAAGCCCUUUGGAAGAAAGCCAAGACCAAUGCAAAUGUGAAAACCUACUCACAUUCCAGAACCUUGCAAAUGAGGAAGUCAGAAAACUGACCCAGCGCUUAGAAGAAAUGACACAAAGAAUGGAAGCCUUGGAAAACCGCCUACGAUACAGAUGA